AAAGUUGUUUUUUAAAUAUUUAAAUAUUUCUCGAUUAUAAACUAUCAAUAUUUUGAAUUAAAGUUAAUUUCAGUCAAUAGUAUAAAUGUCCAUGCCUGGUGGAACAACCGCAAUGAAAGAUGCAACCGACGAAGUUCAGCAUAUUAUUGAAAAGGUAAAAGACCAAGUAUUAGGCAAAGUUAACGAUGCGUUAGAAAAUUAUAAAGCUAUUUCAUUCAAAACACAAGUUGUAGCUGGAGUUAACUACUUUAUAAAGGUGGAUAUUGGUAACGACAGAUAUAUUCAUUUAAAAGUGUUCCGUCCUUUACCUUUUGAUAACGAAAAGUUUGAAUUACACAGUGUUCAAGAACAUAAAUCUAAAGAGGACGAAUUAAAAUAUUUCUAAAUAAAAACUUAAUUUUUUUACUUCUUGGUAAUAUUAUUCUAUUUAUAUAGAACUAUUCUA